UGUCAAUGUCAAUAGGUUUUGUCAAUUUGCCUUGUUUUAUAAAAAAUCCUAACAUUUUGAAAAUCUUGUAAGUUUCUUAUAAUAAGUAUACCGAAAACUACAAAAUGAGGCUGUCACUUGUGCUGUUUCGACGAAAUCGCUUACCAAAUGGACAUUUGUUUCGAGGAAAAGACCGAUUAGUAAAAAAAGUUGAACCAAAACAUCUCAGGAAAAUUCAAGAUGAUUUUGCUGUAGAAGAAAAAAAUAUGUUUUAUUUACGGUUUCCGUAUCUCACAGAAGCUGAAAGCAGUGGACACACUAAAGCCCUUGGGAAACCAGAAAUGAGGAAGGAGAAACUAUUAGACAAUCAGAGAAAGAUCUUUAAACAAGAUGUGACUUUAUAUGAACGCCUACAACAUCUGAGAGUAAAUGAAUCUUGGGACUAACUCAUAAGCAUGUAGUUUAGUGUAAAUAGGUUAUUUAACGUAGUAAGAAUUCUAAAUAAAAUGUGUUAAACAA